UUCACCCAAAAAAGAAAAAAAAAAGAUGUCAAUGAACAUGAAAUACAAAGAAAUAAUUUCAUCCCUUCCAAAAAGAGAAGCCUCCCAACAAUUUAAUUAUACUGAUCACUACCAAUACAAAGGCUUUUGGUUCCCUUUAAUAUUUUUGGAAUCAAUAUUAUGUAUGGAAGAAAAUUUCAAGGCUCAACCCUCCAAUAUUUUCCUUUGUGGUCUUCCAAAAACAGGCACAACUUGGCUUAAAUCUUUGGUCUUUUCAAUUAUGAAAAGAGAUCAUUUUGAUGAAUCCACAAAUCCGUUACUCACAAAAGUUUCUCAUGAAUGCAUACCAACUUUAGAAAUUGAUUGUGACUCCAAUUUUACUUCUCUUGAUGAUGACAAGUUUCCAUUGUUGGGCACACAUCUUCCUUACACUUGCUUGCCAAAAUCUAUAGUAGAGUCCAAAUGCAAGAUUAUUUACCUAUGUAGGGAACCAAAAGACACAUUUGUUUCAACAUGGCAUUACAGGCAAAGGCUUCAAGAAAGCAAUCCUGAAGUUGACAACAACCCUAUUUCACUCGAACAAGAAUUCAAGUGGUUCAUUGAAGGAAAAUCGGCUUAUGGGCCUUAUUGGGACCAUGUGUUCGAGUACAAUAAAGCAAGUAAAGAUAGAACGCAAGAAGUUUUAUUAAUACAAUACGAAGACCUAAAGGGCGAUACGUUGUGUUAUGUGAAGAAAUUGGCAGAGUUCAUGGGGAAGCCAUUUUCUAAAGAGGAAGAGAAUCAAUUUGUAGCUGAAAAAAUAGUUGCAAGUUGUGAAUUUGGAAAUUUGAGUAAUUUAGAGGUGAAUAAGAGUGGGUUGCGUAACCCAAAACCUUGGAUAAAAAUUAAUAAUAGUGCAUUUUUUCGUAAAGGGGAAAUUGGAGAUUGGAAGAAUCUUUUGAGUGAGGAUAUGGCAAAAUCAAUUGACAACAUAACCAAGGAGAAAUUUCAAUCAUUGGGCUUGAAUUAUUGAACUUUAUAACAUUAAUAUUGCUUUUACUUCUUUCGAGUUUUUCAUGUAAUUGAGUCUUUAUUUUUCUUCUUGGGAUCUAUUGUGUCAUGUCAUUGAUUGUGUGUAUUUUAUUCCGGUUUGCAAUAAAAAUAGUUUUCCUGCUCCAAGCUCCUAAGUUUGUUAACUGUUGGAA